AUGGCUACUCCACAGCUUCCAGCGAAGAAACGAGACAGGAGUAACGAGAGGUGUGAUAGAGCAAUCAAAAACAUCAUGUGGCGUUGUGAGCAGAUAAGACGGCGUUACGGUGCAAAAUUGUAUAUUCAAAUACAUCAGAAGCAUAGGUACUAUGAGUACUCGUCUUCAAAUGAGCCCAAUUUCCCCCGAUCAAGGGCUGAGCUGGUUACUACUUACCCGAUUCCGGUGAUGAGAUCGCCACUGGAUUAUGCGGAAAGAUGA